AUGAGUUGUGAGAAGAGCACAAAGGAGGCUCUUCAUCUUCAUCUUGAUCUUCAUCUUGAUCUUAAUGGUGAUGGUGAUGGUGAUCUUACGCCAAUACAAUCUCCUGAGAAGUCGCUGGUUUCGUCAACUUCAUCUAAUUCACCUCCAAUUAGGAAACCCAACACAUUGGCAGCGUCAGCUAAUGGCGAGCUACGUCCUUUGAGACUAACCAAGCAACGAGACCGAGUGUCAACAAUGUCCACUUCCUCAUCAUCGGGAAGUUCACAGACAAGUACAGCAUUUAGUAGUAGCAUAUCGCCGCCGAAUGGCAAGUCGACUAAUGCUGCUGCCGCUGCCGCUGCCGCUGCUAGUGCCGCUGCUGCUGCUACUACAUGCGUUUCUAAUCCUGAAGAUGGGUUUCGGUGUCGACCAAUGAGAUUGGGAUCUCACAGGAAUGCUUCAGCCGAUGAGAUUGGACGGAAAAAACUGGAAUCAUUGGGUUUGUCUACAAGUGCCAAUUCCUUGCAAAGGAAAGGCUCGAUACUGAUAAAGAACUUGCCGAUAUCUCAUUCGGCUAAACGACAUAAUUCUUUGAGCUCAGCAGCUCUUUUAUCCCAGCAGCAGCAGCAGCAUCAUCAUAGUCCUAGUAAUUCAGAUGGAUCCAAAUUUAACGAAAAAUAUGAUGAUAUGAUCUUUGCAAUAUGUCUAGUCGACUUUCAUCAUCAGCGAGGACCUGAAAUACAAUAUUGGAAAUCAAACUAUCAUCCCGAGUAUACGCCCAAUUUGUUUAGAAACAUACCUUUUCAAGCAUUACCUGAUGGAGCUCAUUUGUUUGAAGAGACUUUUCUGAAUUUCAAUCUUGUUUAUGAUUUCGAUCAGGGGAGGUCUAUUGAUGAUUUUGACGCGUUAAAUGAAUUCACCGGGGAUCCGCGUCACUUGAAGACUCUUUUUGGAUGCUCUUGUGUUCGACAAGCCAAAACUAGCGAAAUGAGCUUAGAGGAGAGAGAACGAAAUAAGGAUAUUACCAGGUCAAUUGUACAAAAAGCAGUAGUUGUUAUUGUUAGAAAACAACCUAUAUUUACCAAAAUCAAGGAGAAACUAUCCAUCAUUACCCAGAGUUAUUUCCAGCAAGACAACUUUAGCAACUUUGAAAUAUUGAACCAUUUAUUUGAUAAUUUAAACAACCAGUAUAAACUUUUGGAUAAUCAAAUGCACAUAGACCUAGAACAAGAAGAGGAGAACUACAUCAAUUUAAACCUUCGGUCAUCUAUAAUGAAAUUCCAAUCGAGCUUCAUGAUUAUAUUCAAGAGUCUCUUUUUGGAAAAGAAAAUCUUGAUUUAUUCAAAUAACAAUUUGGAGACAUUGACGUUGUUUCAGAAUAAUUUAAUUUCUUUGAUUCCUAAUUUGAUUAACAACUUGGACGAUUCAGGGUGUCCCUUGAUUGAUUAUGUCGAAACUAAUGGACCUUUAUUUAAACCACAAUCGCUUAAUACCACCAGCAGGCUUUCUAUGUUGAGAUUUUUUGGCCUACCAUUGCAAAUCUUUAAUACAAAAAACUCAUUUUGGAAUCCGUAUUUGCCAUUACAACAAUUGAACGAGAUGAAAGUUGGAAGUUUCAUGAUUGGAUGUUCUAAUUUGUUAUUUGUCAACCAAGCCACAUUGUUUGGAGUCGACGUCCUUAUAAACUUGGACACUAAUGAGGUCACUUAUCCUAAGACACUAACUGCACCGGAGGAGCUUACCUUGAGCUCUAAUGAUAGGAAGUUCAUCAACCACUUGACCAACUUGGCACAGCAGGACCAUUCACAUAAGAGUGAUGACUUUGUUGGAAGUGACGAUUAUAUUCGGUAUCAGUUUGAGGAUUAUCUUAAUUCAUUAAUCUCAGUACAACGAUAUCAUCAAUAUGCGCAACGGUUUCAGCAACCACCGCCUGGUUUCAGCAAAAAUCAAGAUAACAGUAUAGGCCAAAUCAAUGACUUCAACAAGCACUUUAUCGAGUCUUGGAAAAAAACUCAAAACUACAAAAUUUGGAAUGCUAUGGCGGAUGAAUUUAUUUUCAACUUUAUUGAUCCUAAACACAUUGGCCAUUCAAUCUCGAACGAACCAUUUUCUUUGAACAAGAAUAUCGCAAACUUUUUCAAUAGUUUUUCUUUUGGCAAUUCGAAUACGAAUGGCACAAGCCAGGAUGAAAUCAAAGCACAUAAAUAUCUUGAUGACGAUAAUGCAUCAAAAAAGAGCAAGAAGGAGAACAAUGAAGAUUUUGUUGACGAAUUGGUUGCUGGUUUCGAGAAAGUUUCUCCUAGUUCAAACCAGGGAGGUCAAAGUCAUGACAAUAGUAGUGUAAUUAGUAACGAACAUCGUGAGUCUAAACAACAACAAAAUUACGGAUGGGCCGCAAGCUGGGGACUUGCAAGAAAGUAA